AUGCUGAAGGAAACACCUACCAUUCGUUCUCUACCAGCAUCAUUUGGAUUUGGCUGUUUUGUAGCGAAAAAUGGAGCUGGACACCUCAACAAGGCCAUACCUCUUCAACAUAUUUGGGAUGUUGUUCUGUUCUUUUACGGUUCGAAAAGUGGACGCGAAUUAGAAGAUGCACCGGUUAGGAAGUUGAGUCAGUCCUUCAAGUUGGAAAACGUGGCUGGUAAAAGCAUAACUUCGAAACAGAUUUUGCUGACCACAAUAGAGAAUAUCGUAUCAUCGCACGCACGUCUGCGUCGAUCUAAAGAUGCUCAAUGGAAAGCUUUUGUAUCUGCUGCUAUGAACGAGAAGAAACUUCCCGCGUGGCUUCGGAUAAUAUUUCGCUCCCGCUAUGUGGUAGAGAUGUGCUAUAACUCCUGGAGUUAUGUUGCAAGAACAGGGUGUGAAGAACUCUACACAUUAUUGGAAGGUUUGCAUAAGUAUAAUGUUGAACUACCUGUCGAUCUAGCAUUGAGACCUUUCCAACAAAUGAAAGAUGCAUUUUAA